CAGAGAUGUGUUCACUGAUACUACUUGCCUGCAUGCGCAGCGCCUCGACCUCGUCGAAUAAGGCAUCCACUAGGGGGUUGAUGGGCUCAUCAUCGUCGCUGUCUAAUCUCCAACACACCUUCCAAAACUUCCAGCACGGCCUCGCUUGCCUUCUUCCCGCUGCCGGUCGUGAUAGUCACCCGUCGGCGCGGCUUUUCAGGAGCUGGUGACUGUUUGCCUCCCACAGUCUUGCUGUUCGCGAGACGUUGGAUUGGGGCCGGUGCUGGGGUAACGUAGACCUCUC